ACGAGUUUCUGCGAGAGUUCUUUACGCUCCUGAGAAAAUGGCGUUGGUCCGUCGUGCUGCGAGUUCUUUGAAAAAUGUAGUAUCUAGACAGCUUUGCACAUCAUCUGUUUGUCUCAGCGACUAUAAACCUCCAGCACAGGAUGUUAUGAGAGGGAGACAAUUUAAAAAAGGUAUACAUUACCCUGAUUCUUUGGGUUAUUCAAUGGGUGAGCAUCGAGCAGAAAUUCUUGAAGAUAUCAUGGGCGUUGACUCUUUUGAUGUUUAUGACUACAGAAUGAUACGACAAAAUGUAGGGACCCGUGAGUUCCCUAACUUGGUUCCCUCUGUUAUGGAUCACAGGCUAAUAGGAUGUGUGUGUGAAGAAGAAUCGCAUGCUAUUUUAUGGAUGGAACUCCACGAAGGGGAACCAAGUCGAUGUAGUUGUGGAUAUUGGUUUCAAUUAGUGAAUGUUUCAGAAGAAGCAGACAAACAAAGACAGGAGAUGUAACGAUUGCUUUCAUAUUAGUGUUAUGUUAACUUGUCACAAAUUUACUGAAAAUAUGAAAAACUUUUUAAAAGACUUGACCUUAUGCAGACUGACAUCUAAAAAUAUGAAAAAUCUGUGUGUGAGGUGAGAGUUAUAGAAAGCAUCUUUUUUGAUUUUAAAGACGUUAUUUAUUAUACUCGUUUCAGUUGAGUAAAUUAGAGUUGUGGUGAUGGAAUGCUGAAAUAUAUUUUGUGCUCUGAAGUACCCUUAACUAAGCCAGCUGUGUUAUGUCACGUCAGGUUUUAGCUGUUUAAACUGUGUGCUACAUAACAAGAUGACUACAAUGUAGAAAUGUAAGCUAUCUCUGCUUUGUAUGUUGGUUGGUAUUUAUAAGAAGUUGGCAUGUCACAAGUGGUAACGGUUAACCGGGAUUACCUCAAAGUACUGUCUCAUCAACUUGCACCCAAAAGUUUUGAUUUGUGUUCCCGUUAAGUUAGAUAUUGGCACAGGUCUCUCAGAUUUGUUACAAUAGAGAACAUAUUGUAAUGUUCAUAUAGAUAUCAAAUAAAUCAGUUUAAAUUUG